UCUGACCAGAGUUACGUACGAUGGAAGCAGAAGCAAAACCAAACUGGCACACUUUAGGCAUACGAGGAUGAAGCAAUAUGAUCUAAUUUCAGCUGUUCGGGGCACUAGGGUUCUUGAUUAUUCGGGGUGUCGCAUUACCAACCGUUACCCGAACUUUUUGGGUUUAAUCGUUGCUUACCUUGGAGUGGAAAUUUCCCAACCGAAACCGCCCCUCCUACUACUAAGAUCUAUCAUAGCAAACAUGUACAAAUUGAAAAGAUUCAACUAAGAGUCCUUCACACUCUUCAGGAUCCUGCACGAGCUGAAAAUGACCACCGGCGUGGAGCGACUAUUCGACCAACUUGGGCACUUUAAAAGGUUUCAGGCAUGUCUUUACUUUGCGGCUAUUUUCCAGGCCAUCUCUUGUGGAAUACAUUACCUGGCCUCGGUUUUCUUAGUUGAAACACCUAAAUUUCUUUGUGACUCUCCUUCAAAUAUCACAAACGUUCUAUAUAGGAAUCACUCAUCGACGUCGUUGGCAGAUAUAUGGACUCACUACAAGCCAGGUGAUGGACCAGUGGUUGUACAGACAGCUGGAGGAGACCAGUGGGAACUUAGUCCUUGUUUAAAAGCUCUGCGGCUUGAUGCCAUCAACUUUCAAUACGAGUUUUUUGGGAACAAGACUGUGGAGUCAUGUGGUGGCUUUGUCUAUGAUCACAGCGAGGUUGAGCAGAGCAUCGUAACAGACUAUGACCUGGUGUGUGAGAAGGAAUGGCUGGCCAAGCUUGCACAGCCAACUUUUAUGCUGGGAGUUUUGAUUGGAGCAUUGGUGUUUGGGGACGUCGCAGACAGAAUUGGCAGGCGCCCCAUUUUGAUGGCUACCAGCUUGUGCCAGUUUAUUUUUGGGGUCACUGUUGCAUUCACAGGGAACUACUACCUCUUUGUGUUGAUGCGUUUCCUUCUUGCAAUGGUGUCGAGCGGGUAUCUGGUUGUAGUCUUUGUGUAUGUGACGGAGUUUACAGGAAUUAAGGUGCGCACAUGGACCUCUAUGCAUGUGCAUGCAGCCUUUGCUGUGGGCAUCAUGGUAGUGGCUCUAGUGGGCUACCUUGUUCGCGUCUGGUGGAUCUACCAGAUCAUCCUCACCCUCAGUACCUCUCCGUUCUUGCUCUACUGCUGGAAGUUUCCAGAAACACCUUUCUACCUAAUGGCUAAAGGCCGGUACAAGGAGGCCCAGGAGCUGCUGGACACUAUGGCUUACUUCAAUAGCCUGCCACCCACCCUUAAGGUGUCAGAGCUAAAGGAUGAAUGUGAUGGAGAACUGUUGAACGACAAUAAGCAGGAAGAUGGAAGAGCAAUGCAAGUCAAGAAGAGGCUAAGCAUCCUGGAUAUGUUUGGAAGCUUGAAAAUGGCCGGUCGCAGCGCCACCUGCUGGGCUAUCUGGUUCAUUGGAAGCUUGGGAUACUAUGUCUUCAGCCUGGGGUCUGUCAACCUUGGAGGAAAUCAGUAUAUCAAUCUCUUCCUGGCUGGUGCUGUUGAGGUUCCGUCAUAUUUGAUUGGCUGCAUUGCAAUGGAUCGGGUCGGCAGGAAGAAGACAUGUGCCCCGGCUCUGCUGCUUGGUGGAGUAGCUUGCAUGCUCAUUAUUGUGGUGCCCCAGGAUAUUGAGAUAUUGGCUAUAGUCCUGAGUAUGACAGGGAAAUUCGCUAUCGCCAUUGCAUUUGGUCUGAUUUACUUGUACACCUGUGAGCUUUACCCAACAAUCAUCAGGUCCCUGGCUGUCGGCAGUGGUAGUAUGAUGUGUCGGGUGGGAAGUGUGGUGGCUCCCUUCUGUGUUUACCUUGCUGACAUCUGGAUCUAUCUGCCUCAGCUCAUUGUGGGAAUUCUGGCCUUCAUCAUCGGGAUCCUGACCAUGUUUCUGCCGGAAACUCUGGGACAGCCCCUCACCUCAACUUUAGAAGAAGCUGAAGCUCUAGGCUCCAAGCCCAACACGAAGAACGCUGCUGUGGAUGCACUAGAGAUGAACCAAACCAUCAAAGCCUAAAUCCAUAUUAACCUAGGAUUCCUGAAAGUGCCUCUACUGACUAAGAACACUACAUACUCCAAUAUACAAGUCUGAAUGAGAGGCUGUGUUCUGCGUGUGUGUGUUUGUGAGUGAAGUUUGGAUAAUUAUAAAAUGUUGGUAUAUUUGAUUGUGAAUAUUUUAAUAUUUUGUAAUUGUUCUGAAAAUCUUAAUUUUAACAAAGAGCUUGCAAGGCAUUUUUGCAUUUCAGCCAAAACCUCUUAUGCACAGACUCUUGCAGUCAGACUGGUGAAAUUUCAGCUAAAUUUUGGGUGCAAAAAGUUCUAUUGUCAAUAGUGUAGCAAUGUAUGAAGCGCAGUUUACACAGAAGUCACUUCCAAACCAAGAAUCUGUGACCAAAUUGAAACCGUUGUGAAAUCUGUGUGGAAUCCUAUUGAAAUUACUGGAUUUCUCCAGCAAAAAUUCGCAGAAGAAGAGUAAAUGUGACCCUGCACCACAAAACCAUUCAUAAGUCGCACAGGUAUAUUUGUAGCAAAA